AUGGCACAUACUGUUAAUCCAUCGACGACAGUGUUGUUAGUGAUUGGCUUGUUCGGAAUCUUGUGCCACGGUUGGUACCAGACAGAACUGUUCGUCAAGGACUAUGACGAUGCAAAGUGUGGCGAACGGAAACUGUCGAGGCACGAGCGUGUGAAGGGUAGCUACCGGACACGACCGGGUGAUUGGCCGUGGCAUGCGGCACUCUACCAACGGGCAGAAGACAGAAUAAGCUUCGACUAUGCUUGCGGUGGCAGUAUCGUGCAUCGGUAUUUGAUCCUUACGGCAGCUCACUGUGUAACGUAUGCGGUCAGUGGUCGGAAGCUGCCGAAGGUGGAUCUCCUGAUCAAGCUGGGUCGCUUUAACCUCGCGAGCGCAGAUGCUAAACACUCGGAGGAGUACGGCGUCCGAGAGAGUAUCGUCCACGGUGGUUACGUGCCAGCGACGUUCGAGAACGACAUAGCGGUCCUGCGCGUCGCUGUUCCGAUCCUCUUCAGUCACUACAUCCAACCAGUUUGCCUGUGGAAGCGUGACGAUGGUUUUGUGUUGCCCAAUGUCAUUGGCCUAGCCGGUACGGUCGUUGGUUGGGGUUUGACGGAUGAGAACUGGUUGGCAACGGCACUGAACGAGGCCCGGAUGCCCGUCAUUGACUCACACACCUGUCUGACGAGCGAUCGGACGUUCUUUGGUGGACUGCUGCACGCCAAGGCGUAUUGCGCUGGAUUCAAGAACGGUACUGGUGUCUGCCAUGGUGAUAGUGGUGGUGGUAUGUUCUUUGAGUUCCAAAACCGUUGGUAUCUCAAAGGGUUGGUCUCGUUCAGCAACACGUUCGAAGAAUCCCGCAGGUGCAACCUGCAACAGUAUAUCGGUUUUACCGAUGCCUCGCAGUAUAUCGACUGGCUGUACGCCAACACCCCUCAACAGUCGCGGCUUUGGUGA